UUCGGAGGUUUAGUAUACUUACAGACAUCAUGGUGAAUUGGAAAGGAAGCGCAUUCGCCACUCUGGCUCUCAUCCUGAUUGCCUCCACUGAGGGGUCUCAGUUCAGCCGGGACGAAAGUCAAGAGGAUCAAAAGACGGAGUUUAAUCUAGCCUCCACUUUGACGGGUGGCAUUACCAGCAGUCGGCACCGCCAGCGGGCCGAUCUCAACUCGCAACUGUAUCCGGGACUUAAUCACGGUUACACGGGCGCCACUGGAUCCAUCGAUGAUGCCCAUGGCCACGAGCAAGGCGGCUCUGGCGUACGAGUGGCCAGUACGAACUCUGUUGUUUUCCCUGGCAACCAGUCACCCAAUCCGGCACUAACAAUUACAGGAGGACACCAGUUCCCGGCUUAUCCGCCUCCAGGGUUUCCAGGACAGCAGGCUCCAGUUCCAUAUCCAGCUGCAGGAGGUUCAUCCGGAGGUGCUUCUUCAGGUGGCUACCAAAGUACAGGUAUUGGUGCUGCCCCUGGUUAUCCUGGGGCAGGCGCAGUUCCGGGUCCGUACCCUACUGGACUUCCUGCGGGAACUGGCGCUUAUCCUGGCUAUCCUUAUCCAGGAGUUUACCUGCAACAGUAUCCCGGGUAUCCACAGCCAGCUCAGUUUCCUGCCUACGGGGUAGUGCCUGGAGCUGUUGCUCAACCUGGAGUUAUUGGUGUGCCUGGAAUACAAGGAGUAGCUGGCGUUUCUGGUAUCCCGGGCGCCCCUGGAGUGCAAGGGGUUUCAGGAAUACCUGGUGCAGCUGCCAAUGGUCCUGCCACCAGCAGCCAGAACUUUCAUCGCUAUCCGAACCACAAUGCCGCGGAUCGCAACCACUGGGAUCACCACUUCUCAAUGAACACCGAGUACAAGGAGGAUGGAGUCCACAAGGGACCUUUCGGAGUACUCAACAACCACAAUGCCUUUGGCUAUGGCAGUGGUUAUGGGGGAGGCUACAACGGUGCCUUCAAUUCGCCGGCCUACUGAUGCUGGACGGGAUUACGGAUGGAGUUUGGUGGUGAUGAGGCGUGGAGUAAUCCGAGUCGUAGUCAUAAGUUGGCUGCUCCCUCUGUUUGGCCAAGGGCAGCUGUCUUUACUUAUCCUUAUAUGUGUGUGUCCCUGCGAAAUAAACUUGAUUUCUGGACAACCAACCAAGAUAAUUAGCAAUGCUGGCCAGUUACCAGUUACCAGUUGCACCUUGAACCGGAAAAAAUAAAGCACAUGCAUUCGGCUCCCAUAAACAGAGAGAUAACCUUA